GUUUUGUAUAAAAAGGCCGCGCAGAUCCGACAAAAUCAUCAGUUCCCACUUAACGGACAACCAAGCAACCAAUCUAAUCUCAAAAUGUUCAAAUACAUCGCAUUCUUCGCCCUCCUCGCUGUUGCCACUGCCAAGCCUGGUCUGCUCGCUCAAACACACACCAUCGUCCAACCAGCUCUGGUUGGUAAAACUGCCUACGUCGAUACAAGUGCCUCUUCGGCCAUAACUCACCAAAGCCAUGUGAAUCUUGUCAGGAAGGUGCCAGUUGUUCCAGUCGUCCACGCAGCACCUGUUGUACAUGCAGCACCCGUUCUGAAGACCAUUUCCGCUCCAGUUGUGCAUGCCGCUCACGUAGUUCACUCGGCUCCAGUUGUGCAUGCCGCUCCCAUAGUUCACUCAGCUCCAGUCGUCCACGCCGCUCCAGCUGUACAUGCCGCCCCGGUCGUACACUCCGUGGUCCACACAGCCCCUCUAGUCAAAACUGUAGUCUCACCUGUGGCUUACAGCAUCCACCAUUAAGUAAAUAACUAUUUAGAAUGUGAUUUGAAAAAACGAAUUCUUUGCAAUUGUUAACAAGGUAUUAAGUUAUUGUACUUAAAAUAUGAAUUUAGAAAUAUCGUAUAACAAUGAUAUUUCCGUUAAGAAAAGAA